CGUCGAUCACCAAGUUAUCGAAACAAUAUGUGGUCGCCAAUUGUCCUUUGCUUCUUAGUGGGCUUUGCCUUCGCUGCAAACAACCCCGGCUGGAAAAAUGGAUCUGAAUACGUUUACAGUAUCCGAGGACACUCUUUAGUCAGUCACAAGGAAAUUUCCAAUCAACAAUCUGGUUUUGUAUUCAAAGCCAAAUUGAGAAUCCAACCUCAAAAUGACGGAAAAUUAAGGGCUCAAAUCGUUCAUCCCGAGUACGAUGAAAUCCACACCGAACUCAACAGAUGGAAUGCCCAUAUUCCUGACGAGAAACUCAGCUGGAAACCUCUGAAAAUGAGUGGAAAGCCGUUCGAACUCGACAUGGAACAAGGCAGAAUCGUUGGUUUGUGGGUAUCGAAAAAUACACCAGUUUGGGAAGUCAACAUGAUCAAGAGUUUCAUGUCUCAAUUCCAAAUUAACACCGACGCAUCGAACCUUAUCGAAAACGAUUUGAACACCCUUCCGGAAAAUGGAGACGGCGACAACGACGCUGUUUACACAGCUAUGGAAGACACCGUCACCGGUAACACCGCUACUUUGUACCAAAUCAGACCGUUGCCCGCUCAUCUCGUUCAAGCUGACCCCGAAGAAGCUGAAUACGUCGAUGAAGACGGUGAGGUUAUUGAAGUAAUCAAAAACAAGAACUACGAAAACAGCUUGGAACUUCCUGCGUACACUUACGGAUUUGAAGGACUUAAAGGUGGAAAGCCUGCCGGUAACCACAUGGGCGAAAUUUUCUCUAGGCAAUCUACCAGCCGCAUCUUGUUGACUGGAAGUUUGAAACGAUUCGUCAUCCGUAAAUCAUUCACCGCUAAUGAAAUUCACGUUAGCCCGACUUUGAGCUCUGACAAGAGCUCAUUGGCUUCGAGCAUAAUGAACGCUACCUUGAUUGAAAUCAAAUCUCAAGAGCAACAGAUUCCGGAAGUUCCCCAACCAAUUCUUUUGGAAAGUCUCGUUUACUCUUACGAAAAACCUUUCGCUGGAACCAACGAAAUUGAAGCAAGACCAUCCAACAAAUACAGGCAGAAUGAAGAUUUCGAAAAUUUGGAAGAAUCUAGAACUAACUGGAUCAGCCGAUCGCCGCGUUCUCUACGCCGAUUCCAACAAAACAACCAAAAACACGGUUUCAAACAAGAACUUUCCGCACUUAAAGAUGCACCCAAGAGUCCCCUUUUGCCCUUUACCAUGGGAUACGAAGGUAUGUCGAUCAAAAACAAGAUUGAUACCGUUGCCGAAGUCGAAAAAUUAGCCAAGGAAAUCGGCCAAAGAAUGCAAAAACCCGAACAAGACCAUCACGAAGAACUUUUGGAUAUGUUCUCCACAAUGGUAUCUCUCAUUCGCGUUAUGGAUGCUGAAGAACUUCACAAGGUAGCCAAUCAACUUUACACCAACAACGAACAAGGUGUUGAACAUGCAGUGUGGUCCGCUUACAAAGACGGAGUAGCCCAUUCAGGCACUGGACCUGCUCUUCUUGUCAUCAACGAUUGGAUCAAAUCCGACAAAAUCCGAGGAGAGGAUGCCAGUCAAGCUGUAACCGCUACCAUCGAGUCUGCUCGCCAACCUACUGUCAACUACUGCAGAACUUUGUUUGAACUUGCCAAGUCCCCUAAAGUAGAGAAACAAUGGCCCUUGAACGAUACCAUCCUUUUGGGAUUCGCUGACCUUCUUCGUAAGGUUUACGUCGACGACGACGCAUUACAAGGACGAUUCCCCGUACAAAGUUUCAAACCUCUUCGUACUGAAGAAGGCAAACAAUUUAUGGAACGUGAAGUUUUGCCGUACUUCGAGCAACAAUUACAAGAUGCUAUUAAACACGCACAAACCCACAAAAUCCACACAGUCAUCCGUACAAUUGGUACUAUUGGAUCGUACCACAUUUUACCGGUAUUCCAACCUUACCUAAACGGACGCGUACACGUUUCUCAAUUCCAACGUGUAUUGAUGGUUUUGGCUCUUAACAAGCUCGUAGAAACCGACGGUGAAGCCGCCCAAAAUGUUUUAUUGAGACUUUACCAAAAUCCUGGAGAAUCUAGAGAAGUGAGAAUUGCCGCCGUAUUCCAAUUGAUGAGGACCAAUCCCGACACUGAAAUCCUUCAAAGUAUGGCUCAAUACACCAACAUUGAUGAUGACGAUUAUGUUAACGCUGUUGUCAAAUCUUCCAUUCAAACUGCUGCUCAAUUGGACACUCCUGACACCCAAGAAUUUGCUCAAGCCGCAAGAAUUGCUGAACCCUUGCUUACUGAGAAAAUCUACGGCUACGGAUAUGGAGGAAAUUACCUUCGUACCUACUUCAUCGAACAAAUGGAAAGGAGCUACAAACAAACUCUUCAACUUUUUGGAAGCGACGAUUCUAUGAUUCCCAACGGUUUCAGAUACAACCUUAGGAAACAAAUGGGUGGACUUAAAUCAAACAUUACUGAAAUGCAUGCUAUGGUCUCCAGCUUUGAUGACUUAGUUCAAGUUGGAAAGGAACAAUUCAAGCGGUUCGACAGGCAACAACAAGAACAGAAACAACACUCACAAGAACAAGAACAAAACCAAUGGUCUAGUCAAAACAUUGCUAAGUUAUUGAACUUAGAAACUGAUGAUGCUAAACAACUCGAAGGUUUCUUGUUAUUCAAGAUGGGUAAUUACAGAAACAUGUUUGCUUUCGACAACAGAACCGUAGAAGGCGCUGCUGAAUUCAUCCGCAAAAUUGAACAAGAACUUAGAGAACAAAAACCGGUUAGCUUCUUCAAGUUGAUGACAAGAGAAAUGGCUGUUUCUGUACCGACUGAAAUUGGUAUCCCCUUCUUGUUCACUUACGAUGUUCCCAUGUUCAUCAAGGCCCAAGGAACCUUCAAGGCAUCGGCUCAACCGCAAUUAUCGCAAAACGGUAAAUUGCAAGUUCCUGAACAAAUCGAACUUAAAGCUGACAUGAGAUUCACUGUAUCGACCAAGGUACAAAGCAGACUGUCCGUAACAGCUCCUUUCAACCACAAACAAUACUUUGCUGGAUUCGACAAGCACUGGCAAGUCAAUGUACCUGCCCGCCUUCAAGUUCAAUUCGACGUCAAAAACAUGAACGCCGAAAUCGAAUUCGAACCUACACCGAAGAAGGAAUUCAACAUUUUGCACUACGCCACUCGCCCUUACACUUCACAAGCCGAAAUUGCAAACUUCCAACCCUUGAGCGCUAACAGCAACACCAAGGUAAUCAAACAAGACGAUUUGCAAGCUUUCGAAACUACUGUUGGAAAGAAAUCCACCGGUAUGGCUUUCCACGUAGAAUUCGUCCACUCCAGGCAAUUCUUCAGUACUCUCGACCUUAGCCGUAUGCUAAGACAACAAAACAACUUCGUUGACACGUUGCAAUCUCUCUGGGACGACAACACCGUUCAAUACGGAUCACUCAACGUAAAUUACAACCCUCAACAAUCAUGGGCUCGUAAAGCUGUUUUACGUCUUUCUUACGAACAAAAAUACAAGUCUCAACCAUCUUCUGGCUCAGCUAGCGAAUGGAUCUUAAACGAAGACGCUCAACCCUCUCAACGCCAAGAAGAACUCAUGCAAAAGGUCGCCGCUGACAUCAAAAACGUACAUGUUGUAGCUCUCGACUCUACUCUUGAAUUCAAGGGACAACAGAAACUCAAGUACAUACUCACCGGAGCUGUAGCCAAGAGCAACGUUGAUCCCAAAUCGCGUGUUAUGAUCACGUACAAGAGAAGCAGCGAUGGUACUUCCAAACCUCAUGAAUUCCACUUUGUCGCCAAGAGCUACAUUCCCAACACCAACGCUCUCGACGCUGAAUACUCCUUGCACAAGGAACCCAUGGCUGAAACUGAAAUUAAGGUCAAAUUCGGCAACUCUCAAGAACCCCUCGCUAAAAUCGAAGCCCAAUUGAAAUACAGAAGGAGCGAAGAACGUAGCCAAUACUUGAAGGAACUUCCGAUGUACAGACAAUGUAAGGAAGAAUCCAGAGCUGGAAACAAACAAAUGCCCGCCUGCCUCAACAUGACGAUGAUCGCUAACCUCCUUGACAGCGUAGACUUGAAGGCUCAUUACGAAAACUUGCAACCCGGAGUCGCUAAAACCGUAGAAAGAUACUUCCACGCUCUACAAGUACUUGCUGAACCCUAUGUCAACAUUAACGAGAAGGACUCAUCUGUAGCUGAAAACGAAGUUAGAGUACACGCUCGUUUCCACCCCGACUUACAAGCCCUGAACGUCACCGUCAAAGCCCAAAACCAAGAAACUAAAUUCGCUAACAUCGAAAUCGAUGAAGUUACUCAACAAAUUUUGGUAGUACACCCCGUCUUCCACGUCUACAACAGGUUGUCUGCCUACUUGUACAGCCCCGAAGGAAACUACAGAGAUUCCUGCGUUGUUGACAAGUCACAAAUCAACACCUUCAGCAACCAAACCUACUCCGCCGAUAUCUCGAAACACUGGACUGUUAUGCUUCAAUACGUCGCUAACUACGUCGGUAACUCAGAGAGGAACCAACCAUCCGUAUACCAACAAUUGAAAUCCCAACCCGAGAACUACGUUGUCCUUGUUCGUGAAAACCCGGAAGCCUCCAACAAAAAAGACAUCAAAAUCGUCGUCAGCACCCCGCAAAGCGACUACCAAAUCCAAGAAAUCGAAAUGACGCCCUACCAAGGAUCAGAACUCAAGGCUAAAGUAACCGUCAACGGCCAACAAGUCAGAGUAAGCGAAAAGGAGAGUCACGACGUCAAAGGAGGUUACAUCCAAAUCUACGCUUUGCCUAACGGCGAAGUCAAGGUCGAAGUUCACAGAGCUUUCUACGUCAUCUACGACGGAGCCCGAGCUAGAAUCACCUCCACCCAAGGCAAAUUCAAGAACAACGUAGUAGGUGUUUGCGGACAAUUCACUGACCACGAAGCCGACGACUUGACCACCCCUCAAGGCUGCGUCGCUCGCGAUGCCGAAGAAUUCGUCAGGAGCUACGAAGUCGAAGGACAAAAAGGCAAACAAAUCAGGGACAUUUUCAAGGGACAAACCAACAAAUGCGUCGACAAGGAGAGCCCCCUCUUCGUCCGAGUGGUAUCCCCUCGCGAUUACAGGAAACAACCUCAAUUCCCUGCUGCUUUCAAAACUUGCACGUUCUUCCAAACCAAAUACGUUGAGAAGAACGGACAAACUUGCUUCACCGUCCGCGCCCAACCGACUUGCAACGAACAAUGUAGACCUACCAUGAGUCUGACUAAGAACGUUCCUGUCCAUUGCGUUGAUCAAGACAGCAAAGUAGCUAAAAUCUGGAAGAAACAGAUCGAUGAGAAGAAAAGCCCCGACUUCAGUGGACAAAGGGCGCACAAAACUGUACCGAUCACUGUCCCCCAGAGCUGUUCCCAAUAAGAACAACGCCUAUGACCUGUAUUGUAUUUAGUUUUAGGAGCAAUUCAAAAAAUGUAAAAAAAAUAUACAAAUUAGAGGAAUUCUAAUAAAUGAAAUUUGUUAAUUAUAAUA